AUGCUUGUCUGGGUGCAGUCGUGUUUGGCUAGUGGCGGGUGGGCAAACUCGCUGCGGCCGAAUUUGCAAUUCGUUUGUGGACUGCGAAAUAGUCUUCGCAAGACCAACUCUUUUGUGGAUUUCUCGGUUAACGACCCAGACGCCAACGUCGUACUUAUGCAGUUCGGUCACAUAGUAUUUUUCGCAGAUAUAAGUGUUCAAGUUGCACUACGAUUUUCCAUUUUCCCUCUUCGUAUUAUUGGGAGGGGAGAAAUCGGUGGAUUUGGCUGUUGCCGAUUCAAAGUUUGCUUGUAG